AUGUUCCCCCCCACCCUCCUCCCCUUGCUCUCCCUCAUCCCACUAUCCUCCGCAUUCUAUCUUCCAGGUACAGCCCCCAGAGAUUACCUACACGGCGAGAAGAUCGACGUAUUCGUUAACACCCUAACUCCAAUGUUAAAUUCCAAACUCCAUUCCCUAAUAUCCUACGACUACUAUGAUCCCAGAUUUCACUUCUGUCAACCGCCCGACGGUCCCGUCAAACAACCAGAAAGUCUAGGAUCAAUCUUAUUUGGAGAUCGAAUAUUAUCAUCACCUUAUGAAGUAGAUAUGAUGGAGAAUCAAACAUGUAGAUUACUAUGUCAAGCUUCAGUUCCUAAAGAAGAUGCGAAAUUCAUCAACGAUCGUAUAAAAGAAGAUUACGGGUUGAAUUUCAUCAUUGAUGGUCUUCCAUCAUCAGAGAUGAAGAGAGAUAGUAAAACAAAUGAGAUAUUCUUAGAUGCUCAAGGGUUCAACCUGGGUGACGACGAGACUAUACCUGAUAAACCGGCAUUGAAUAAUCAUUAUGAUAUAUAUAUCCAAUAUCAUCAAAAAGACUAUUCAUCCUCAUAUUCUUACCUCCCCGGAUCCGACUCGGCAAGUACGAAGAAACAAUAUAGGGUAGUAGGAGUAUUAGUUUAUCCACGAACGGUCAAUUCAAUGACAAGCGGUUCAUCCCAACCUAAUUGCUUUACCGAUCAACCAUUCUACUUAUCCGAAGCGUCAAACAACGAAUUCUACUAUACCUACAGCGUAUCAUUCAUUCCAUCCGAUAUACCUUGGGGAAUGAGGUGGGAUUCUUAUCUACACGUAUUCGAUCCCAAGAUCCAUUGGUUCUCGUUGGUCAAUUCAUUGGUUAUUGUUGGGUUUUUGGUAUUCAUGGUAGCUAUGAUACUUUAUCGAACGAUUUCAAAGGAUAUAUCAAGAUACAAUUCUAUCGAUUUAUCCGAAGAUGUUCAAGAAGAUUACGGUUGGAAGUUAGUCCACGGAGAAGUAUUCAGAUUACCUACUCGACCAAUGUUACUCUCCGUAAUGGUCGGAAACGGUCUACACUUGAUAUUCAUGUGUCUAGUUACACUCAUAUUCGCUUUAUUCGGAUUUCUCUCACCCUCAAAUCGUGGAUCGCUAGCUACGGUCCUAUUGAUUUGUUGGACGCUGUUCAGUUGUAUAUCAGGAUACGCAUCUUCAAGAACCUAUUCGACAUUAGGUGGUAAUCAGUGGAAAUCAAACUUAAUCCUCACAACCGUCCUCUUUCCCAUUGUGAUAUUUUCGGUUAUCGGUUUACUCAACUUAUUUUUGAUUUUCUCAGGAUCAUCAGGAGCAGUACCAUUUGGAACUAUCCUUGCCAUCCUCUUACUCUGGUUCUUGAUCAGUGUACCACUGAGUGUAGCAGGUUAUUUCUACGGUAUGAAACAUGGUUCAUUCUCCAACCCUACGCAAACAUCCUCAAUACCUCGUCAAAUCCCUCCACGACCAUGGUAUCUCAACGCCAUCCCUUCAGCGAUAUUAGGCGGUAUAUUACCUUUCGGAGCUGCUUUCGUAGAGUUGUAUUUCGUCUUAUCUUCUUUAUUCGGUAAUAGAGCUUAUUACGCUUUCGGUUUCUUGUUCUUGACUUUUAUAGUGGUAGCUUUAACUACUGCAACGACAACGGUGUUGUUUGUAUAUUUCGUGUUGUGCUCGGAGGAAUAUAGAUGGCAUUGGAGAAGUUUCUUGAUUGGGGGAGGAUCGGCUUUCUGGUUGUUCACUUAUGGGAUUUGGUAUUGGGCAAGUAGAUUGAGUUUGGAUAGUUUCACAAGCGUGAUACUGUACUUUGGCUAUCUAUUCCUAUUCUCCUUGCUCGAUUUCUUGAUAGGUGGAUCAAUAGGGUAUAUAGCAACGUAUUUCGCUAUCAGAAGAUUAUACUCUUCCAUCAGGGUAGAUUAG